GAGGUAAAGGAGGAGGAGGAGGAGGAGGAGGAAAGCGGCAGGAAGAGAAGAAAAGAAGACUUGGACAAAAGCAGCAGCGAGGAAAGGCCUGACGGAGAAGGGGCAAGGACGCGCUUCACAGCAGGGUUGCCAUGUCUGCCAAAGCCAUUUCUGAGCAGACAGGAAAGGAGUUCCUGUAUAAAUACAUCUGUACAUCCUCAGCCAUCCAGAACCGCUUCAAAUAUGCCCGAGUAACUCCUGAUACUGACUGGGACCGUCUAAUCCAAGAACAUCCCUGGCUGUUGACUGAGCGUCUAGUAGUGAAGCCUGAUCAGCUGAUAAAACGGCGUGGCAAACUUGGAUUGGUGGGUGUGAAUCUCGAUUUAGAUCAAGUGAAGGCCUGGCUGAAACCACGUCUUGGGAAAGAAACCACAAUUGCCAAAGCCAAGGGCAUCCUAAAGAACUUCUUGAUAGAGCCGUUUGUUCCACACAAACAGGCGGAGGAGUUCUACGUGUGCAUUUACGCCGCCCGUGAGGGGGACUAUGUGCUGUUCUACCACCAGGGUGGCGUGGAUGUGGGGGAUGUUGAUACCAAGGCUCAGAAAUUCUUGGUGCACGUGGAUGAGAAGUUGGAUGAGUCUGAUGUCAAGAAGCAUCUCCUGGUGCAUGCCCCGCUGGACAAGAGAGACAUCUUGGCAAGCUUCAUCUCUGGCCUGUUCAACCUUUAUGAAGACUUAUAUUUUACAUAUCUGGAAAUCAAUCCACUAGUUGUAACUGCAGAUGGCGUUUACGUUCUAGACCUGGCUGCGAAGAUUGAUGCGACUGCCGACUAUGUCUGCAAAGUGAAAUGGGGUGAUGUGGAAUUCCCCCCUCCAUUUGGAAGAGAGGCUUAUCCUGAGGCACCCUAUAUUGCUGACCUAGAUGCCAAGAGUGGAGCCAGCUUAAAAUUGACCAUCUUGAACCCCAAGGGCAGAAUUUGGACCAUGGUGGCUGGAGGCGGUGCCUCCGUGGUAUACAGUGACACUAUCUGCGACCUUGGUGGGGUGAAUGAACUGGCCAACUAUGGCGAAUACUCCGGAGCUCCCAGUGAACAGCAAACCUAUGACUAUGCCAAGACCAUCCUCUCCCUCAUGACACGGGAAAAGCACCUAGAAGGCAAAAUCCUGAUCAUCGGAGGGAGCAUUGCUAACUUUACCAACGUGGCUGCCACCUUUAAGGGUAUUGUUAGGGCCAUUAAAGAUUAUCAGGGCCCUCUGAAAGAGCAUGAGGUGAGGAUCUUCGUGAGGAGAGGAGGCCCAAAUUACCAGGAAGGCUUGCGUGUCAUGGGGGAAGUAGGAAAGACUACCGGCAUUCCCAUCCAUGUUUUUGGUACGGAGACCCACAUGACUGCUAUUGUCGGCAUGGCCCUGGGACACCGGCCCAUCCCAAACCAGCCUCCCACUGCAGCCCACACUGCAAACUUCCUCCUAAAUGCCAGUGGCAGCUGUUCGACCCCAGCACCAAGCAGAACAGCAUCUUUUUCUGAGUGCAGACCUGAUGAGUUGGCUCCAGCGAAGAAGGCAAAGCAGGCAACGCCGUCUGAUGCAUCCCCAUCUUCAAGACCUCUUCAAGGUAAAGCCACAACCUUGUUCAGCCGUCAUACCAAAGCAAUCGUGUGGGGGAUGCAGACUCGGGCUGUACAAGGCAUGUUGGACUUUGACUACAUCUGCUCCAGGGAUGAACCUUCAGUGGCUGCCAUGGUUUAUCCGUUCACUGGUGACCACAAACAGAAAUUCUACUGGGGUCACAAAGAGAUACUAAUCCCUGUCUUCAAGAAUAUGGCAGAUGCCAUGAAGAAGCACCCAGAAGUGGACGUGCUGAUCAAUUUUGCAUCCCUCCGCUCAGCUUAUGACAGCACCAUGGAGACCAUGAAUUACCCGCAGAUCCGCUCUGUGGCCAUCAUUGCAGAAGGCAUCCCGGAGGCACUAACCCGCAAGUUGAUCAAGAUGGCAGACAAGAAAGGAGUCACAAUUAUUGGCCCUGCAACGGUAGGUGGGAUUAAGCCAGGCUGCUUUAAGAUUGGAAACACGGGAGGAAUGCUGGAUAACAUCCUGGCAUCUAAGCUGUACCGCCCUGGCAGCGUAGCCUAUGUCUCCCGUUCAGGAGGGAUGUCUAAUGAACUCAACAACAUCAUCUCCAGGUCUACAGAUGGAGUAUUUGAGGGCGUUGCCAUUGGUGGAGAUAGAUAUCCUGGCUCCACCUUCAUGGACCAUGUUUUACGCUACCAGGACACUCCAGGGGUGAAGAUGAUUGUGGUGCUAGGAGAAAUUGGAGGAACAGAGGAGUACAAGAUCUGCAGGGGCGUUAAAGAAGGCCGGCUCACUAAACCUGUCGUCUGCUGGUGCAUUGGAACCUGUGCUACCAUGUUUUCUUCAGAGGUACAGUUUGGUCAUGCUGGAGCUUGUGCCAAUCAGGCAUCUGAAACCGCUGUGGCCAAGAACCAAGCACUGAAAGAAGUGGGUGUCUACGUACCCCAAAGUUUUGAUGAGCUGGGUGACGUGAUUCAGUCAGUGUAUGAGGAUCUAGUUUCCAAGGGAGUGAUUGAGCCAGCCCAGGAAGUGCCUCCACCAACCGUGCCAAUGGACUACUCAUGGGCAAGGGAGCUUGGUUUAAUCCGGAAACCAGCUUCCUUCAUGACUAGCAUCUGUGAUGAACGGGGCCAAGAACUGAUCUACGCCGGUAUGCCCAUCACUGAGGUCUUCAAGGAAGAGAUGGGAAUUGGUGGUGUCCUGGGCCUUUUGUGGUUCCAGAGAAGGUUACCCAAAUAUGCCUGCCAGUUCAUAGAGAUGUGUUUGAUGGUGACAGCAGAUCACGGCCCAGCGGUGUCAGGAGCCCAUAACACUAUUGUUUGUGCAAGAGCCGGGAAGGACCUCGUUUCCAGUCUCACCUCUGGUCUGCUCACAAUUGGAGAUCGGUUCGGUGGCGCUCUGGAUGCAGCAGCAAAGAUGUUCAGCAAAGCAUUUGACAGUGGCAUCAUCCCGAUGGAGUUCGUGAACAAGAUGAAGAAAGAAGGGAAGCUGAUCAUGGGCAUUGGCCACCGGGUCAAAUCGAUCAAUAACCCAGAUAUGAGAGUUCAAAUCCUCAAGGACUAUGUGAAGCAGCAUUUCCCUGCAACGCCUCUUCUAGACUAUGCGCUGGAAGUUGAAAAAAUUACUACUUCCAAGAAACCUAACCUCAUCUUGAAUGUUGAUGGGUUGAUUGGUGUGGCCUUUGUUGAUGUGCUCAGGAACUGUGGCUCCUUCACACGGGAAGAAGCUGAUGAAUAUAUUGACAUUGGUGCCCUCAAUGGCAUUUUUGUGCUUGGCAGAAGUAUGGGUUUCAUUGGGCAUUAUCUGGACCAGAAGCGGUUGAAACAGGGUCUCUACCGUCACCCUUGGGAUGACAUCUCCUAUGUUUUACCAGAGCAUAUGACAAUGUGACAGCUGAAGAGCGUAAAAUGAGUUGCUGGUAGAGAAGGCCAGCGUGGGCAUGACAUUACAAUAUGCCCUAGCUGCCAAGGUAUAGGAAACCACGGACUGACUGGGUUGCAAUUCUAUAAAAGGCAGGCUUUUAUAGGCCUAAAAGUGGAUUCCAUAAAUAAUGAUAAACCAAAACCUGUUGCUAUUUCUUGCUAUAUUUAAUAUAUAAAAGCAGUUGCACUGUCUUUGCUUAUUCUUCCUCUGACCACCACCAUUGCUUUUCUGCCAUGUUUUCUGACCAAGUUUUAAUGUUUUUAUUUUGAUCCAUGACCUCAUUAAACAUAAAAAACAGUAAAGAGUCAUUGAGCCUGCAUUACCAAAAUCUUGAAGAAUGUUAACCUCACAAACUGUAUAAUUUGUCUUGUCUCCUGUGUGUUCAUCUGCACAGUUAGAUUGUAUUUCUGAUCAAGGGGACUACUGCUUAUUUAAUAAACCAUUCCAAGUCUGGUGUAGUCAUUUUAAACUGUAAACUGGUAACAUAAGCUCUUGUUCAAAACUGUGAAAUUUGCGUGUAUUCCAGUUUCUGUAUUUAUGCAGCUAAUAUUUUUACUUAUUGCAAAAAAAACAAAUGAAACAAAUAUAAAAUGUAGACCUACUGUUCUUGGAAAGGUUAGUCUACGUAAAUAACAAUAUAUACAAUAUAUUUUAUCUCUGGGCCUCUAAUAUACCCACAACAAUAUUCAGUGCAUUAUUUGUGUCUGUAUUACAACCUGUCUCAAAUAAAAAGUACAAUAGUAAGUUGUCUUACCUGAAUUUUGUGAAUAGCUCCUUAAACACAAAUUUGGACUAUCUGAAGAAAACGUUUAAAAGUUAACUAUGAAAAAUCUACUAUCAUGUCAUAUAAUGUUCUCCCUAACCAUCAGUACCAUA